AGUUGGCAGCCCUGCAACGCGAGGACGACCGCGACGACCGCGACGAGUCUGCAGAAGAAAGACAGAGACAGUUUUCACCGUCGAAUCGAGUAGUGUAGCGUAUAGCUAUCGGCGGAGCCAAGAUGGACUCUUGAGAGAGAAACGUCCGCGAUAAAAGGCAGUCGUGCGAGCUCGAGAGUUGAAUCCUCCUGCACCGGAGUCGUAGCCUUGAUCGUCGGUUGCGCGAGCUCGCGAUCCAGCCAAGAUGAUCGUCCAGGAGCCAGUCCAGGCGGCCAUAUGGCACUGCUUGAACCACUAUGCUUACCCAGACGCGAUAUUCCUGGCAGAAAGAUUGUUCGCCGAAGUGGAUAACGAAGAAACACUGUUUCUUCUUGCUACAAGCUAUUACAGGGCUGGAAAAGUGAGGCAGGCACAAGCUUUGCUCUCAAAGCGCUCACUGACUUCCCCGCAGUGCAAAUUCCUGCUGGCAAAGUGCUGCUAUGACUUGGGAAUGUAUGCAGAAGCAGAGGCUGCCAUUGUUGGAGGAUACUACAAGCAGGUCAAAAAUUUCGACGAGAUUGUCACCCAGUUUGGAGAUGAAGCUUGCUUCUCGCUUCAGAUCAUAGCCAAGAUAUGUUAUAAAAUGACAAGGACCACAAAGGGAAAUGAAGCUCACAGGUUGGCUCUGAAACUCAAUCCAUUUUUGUGGCACUCCUUUGAGGAGGUGUGCAACACUGGUGAAAAAAUUGACGCAAAGAAGAUAUUCCAGCUGGAUAAGUUAGAUAAUCUAUCCACAUGCAUUGGAAGCACCCCAGUCUCUUACUAUACACCUGAACCAGAUCUCAUUGUAUCUAGCAAUAAUGCUCCGAUUACUCCAACAACCAACAAUGUCCAGAUAACGCCAAAUCAAGGAACAAAUGGUCUACCUAACAAUGUUAGGCUGCACUCAUCGAUAGAAGAGAGUCCACAAAACAUAUCUAAUCACAUGAAUACCUGUUCCACCAUGUCCCCUCGUGGGAAGCCACCUCGCUACAGAAGCAUGUUCAGCAGCUCAAUGAGUCCUUUAACGCCGAGUUUCGGAAUCCUGCCUUUGGACAUCAACACUCCAGAGCCUCCAGCUAUAUCCACCCAUGCAACAUUGACAGAAGCAAACGAUCAAAAAAGCUUGGCUAAACGCCAAUUGAUAUCAAGGAAAGAAACACCACUGCAACAAGGAAAAUUGGUAUUUUCACAAUCUGGUAAUACCAGUAAUACAGCAAAUAUUGUCACAGUUACUCCAGCAACUCCCGUUCCUCCUCAACCGACGCUUCAAGGUCCUAAUGUCAGGAGAUCGUCAAGGCUGUUUAGUCACAGCUACUCUGUAAAAGAAAACAAUAAAUCUCCAAACAGGAACAAAUUCACGACUCCGAAAUCUCCUUCUCGCAAAACUAAAACAAGACUGUCGAAAAGUAAUCUCAAUAAGGCAAAUUAUAAUGACUUGAACGAGAAAAAUCGAAAUGAGAAAGAAAAAAGUGAAACGAUCACUUCAGAGAAGGUUGUAGCAAAUACCAAUGCUUUAAAUCAAAGUAAUAAUUCAACAUUCACCAGUCCUGUAACCAUUCAAAAGCAUUCAGCAGAGGGUUUAAUGUCUCUGUUGCGAAAACUUGGAGAAGCAUACAAUUACUUGUGUCAAUUUAAAUGUGUGGAUGCUGUUGAGAUAUUGUCUGUAUUGCCAAGACACCAUUAUAAUACUGGCUGGGUGUUGUCUAUGCUAGCUAAAGCACAUUUCGAAAUGAUAGAUUAUAAAAAAGCAGCAAAUCAUUUUGCACAAGUUAGGACAUUAGAACCUCAUAGGACUGAAUUAAUGGAAAUAUAUAGUACUGUAUUGUGGCAUUUACAUGCUGAAGUACAGCUUUCUACGUUAGCUCAAGACUUAGUAGCAGAAGAUCGAAAUUCUCCAGCUGCCUGGUGUGCAACUGGUAACUUGUUUUCUGCUCAAACUGAACACGAGACUGCUAUCAAAUUCUUUCAAAGAGCUAUUCAAGUUAAUCCCAAUUUCCCUUAUGCAUAUACUCUUCUUGGACACGAAUAUGUAAUUACUGAGGAAUUGGAUAAAGCUAUUACAGCUUUUAGAAAUGCUAUAAGGCUAGACCCUCGUCAUUAUAACGCCUGGUUUGGACUAGGAACCAUUUUCUCAAAACAAGAACAGUAUAGCUUAGCAGAGUUGCACUUUAAGAGGGCAUUACAUAUAAAUCCUCACAACUCUGCAAUCAUGUGCCACAUAGGUGUUGUUCAACACGCUUUAAAGAAAGUCGACCAAGCUUUAAAUACAUUAAAUCGAGCAAUCCAAGAUGACCCUGACAAUACUCUUUGUAAAUUCCAUCGCGCGAGUAUUAAUUUCUCAAUUGGUAGAAAUGCAGAGGCUCUCAGUGAGUUCGAAGAACUGAAAAAUAUCGUACCCAAAGAGUCACUAGUCUAUUAUUCUAUAGGAAAAAUUCAUAAAAAAUUAGGCAACACUCAUCUUGCAUUGAUGUACUUCAGUUGGGCUACAGAUUUAGACCCUAAAGGCGUCAAUAGCCAAAUAAAAGAAGCUAUUCUUAGCCCUGGACAAGGUGAAGAUGAAUCUUUCGUAGCUCAGUCAGCAGAAGAGCAAACGCUCAAUAGUUCCACAGAGCAAGAAGGAGAAGCAAGCGGCGAAGCAAGUGGUGAAGGCAGCGCUGUCGUUGCCAAUGUGACGGCUGAUGCUCAGGCAGACGAUAGCGACGAUAGUAGUUUAUGAAGCUUCGAACUGUUCAAGACUCUGAAACUGUUAAGUGAUACGAUCAUAUGCGCCAUCUUAAUUUGUGAUGACCCGCCGUACUAGUGUGUGAAACGACAAUGAAAUGAUUUUGAACGUUCUUGAAGAAAAUUGUUACUAGUACACUUUGAUUGGAAGUUGGGCGGCUGGCAAUUCUACGUGCAUAGUAUAGAUAUUAUAUUUACCGUAUCAUGCCUUGUUCGAUUGAAAUUAGCGGUGUGGAGUCAAUGUCAGGUUGAUAUUUCGUUUUUUUUUUUAUAUUUAUUCAUUUAUAUAACGUCGGUCAACGUGUGUUGGAGAAAAAAUAUGCAAACGCAUAAAAUGAAAAGGAAGAAAGAAAAAAUACAAAAAAAUAGUUGAGUAGUAGCGAUUUCAAUUCUGUAAGUGGUUGAGUAAGGCAAAGUCUUGUGUAAAUGUAAAUUAUUAUUAUAUUAUUAUUGCUAAUAUUACUAGUUUAUAUUAAAUACAUGUUGUACUUUGAGUAACAUUGGCGAUCGCAGGCAAAUCUCGUUUAAGAGACUGGCCGGUAAGGACGAUCAUGCAAUUUUCCUCCAAGGAACGUGCAGAAUCGACGAAGUUUAAUGGACUACGUUGAACGAAAAGGCGGCUCAUUGGAACUGAAUAUUAUUAUUUUCUGUUUAAAGCGAUAGUAAGAAAAAUUCGAGGUUUAUCUGUGGAACCGAAAUCCUUAGUUCCUUUAAAGAUUGACCGUUGUACGCUUUUGUAGAAUAUAUAUUUAAAUAAUCGGCGUAGAAUUCUCGUACCUACAUACAUAAAUUCUAGCGAAGUAGCUUUGGCAUGUUUCACAAACGCAAGACGGGCAUAUCUGUGUAUUUUUCGAUGAAAAAACUGUUAAGUUGAUGAGAAAUUUUUGGAACCAGCAUUACAAUAUCUUUUUAUUCAUGUAAUCUUUUCCAAUUGAUAGAUACGUAUACAGUAUAAAUAUAUAUCAAUAGAGAAGAGGCGAGCUGUAACUAUAAACUUGCAAAUUAAUAGUGUUUGUUUGAAUCCCGUAUGUUCAGCUUGACAAUAGGCUCAAAUCAUUGUCUUUUUUUAUUUGUAUUAUCUUCCUCUAACUCGUCCAAAGCAUUUAUAUCGAAUAUUGUAAAGGUCUAUUCUCGGUGCAUCCAGUUAAAAUGUGCACACUAUAAAGUGACACAAUCAAUUAUCACUCCGACAGUUGCGUGGAAUUGCGAUUUUUAAAACUUGAAAGGUAAUUUUUUUAUGGCGAGUGAAUAAUAGACUUUUAUAAACUGUAUUAAUUAGAAAACCUUUUGUAUGUUUACUUUGGACUUACCUGUGACAUGAAAAAAAAAAUCGUAUAAAAAUAGAUUUUUCAAGUUUUCAACGUGAUUCUACUCAUUCAAAGCGAAGAAAAGGCCUCGCUGGGAAUACAAAGCUGUGCAAUGACUCGAAAAAAAAACAGUGAAGUUGCGACAAGCUCAGACAAUGCUUACUUAUUUUAUAUGUAACGCAUUAUUAUAUACUUUUUCUGUAAAACUAAAAAAAAACGCGAGCGUAACUGCCAUCAUAUUGACUUUGUCUCCAGUUGGAGGAUAUCCCGUAAAAACUUGUUCCAUUUGAAUGCUACGUCAAUCCUUAAACAACAAUGCGAUUUAUUCUUGUAAAGAGGUAUUAUACCUGUUAUAUGUAAAAUAAAACACGUGAUAUAAAUAUAUAUCAUAUAAAAUCACAAUCAAA